AUGCGGAUCCAGCCAUCUUCGACUCUGAUCCGUGAGAUCCCCAUGCUUCACACCAAGCAUCAUCCUCACCAUAUUUUACCAAACACGCCACGACAAAUUAACCCAGGAUCCGAUCAGGAUCAAAGGUUUGCACCUCUCGAUGACUCAUAUGUUCCUCCAGUCUCGCUGCUGCCUCUGGCCCCAGGACCAAGGCCCGUUGUCCGGUUCCAGACCAACGUUGUCAUUGACGGAAUCGUAUUGGCCUUGGGAUUCCACCACAGCGUGUUUGACGCUACGGGAGUCGGACUAUUGAUCGAGAUGUUAGCCACUUGCUGUAGCAGUGACUGCCCAGCUCUGAGCUCCCAUAUUGAGCUCGAAGAGGAGAUCAGGUUAAGGCGCUCAGUGGACAAGAUCGGUAAUGGCGCCACAGACUUAGCAAGUCAGCGAGAUGAAGUACAAGAUCCCAAUGGCAGCAUAACGGAGUCACCUGCACAUGUGCCCAUGGGAGAUUCAAGUUGGGUCCCGCCGAAGCUGUCCGUCUACUCAUUCAAUCUCUCAGCAGCAGGCCUCGCACAUCUCAAGACUGCUUGCAACAAACUACUGCCUGCCAUUCAUGCCAGCCAAAACGGUAGUCCACAGUCAGCAGAGAGCGAAGGGGAGAAACUUCAGCAAGAAUUCGUCUCCACCAACGAUGUCUUGACCGCACUGCUCGCGACCAGCAUACAUCAAGCUCGCAGCCGCGUAACUGAAACCGAGCUUGUUCCCACCAAAGCGAAGCUUGCUAUGGCCGUCAACCUACGCGAGAGAGCCUCUUCUCUUCCCAAGACAUAUUUGGGGAACUCCUUGACGGUCACUGAAGCAUUUGUUUAUUCCCUUGCAGCGACAGAUGGGUUUGAUGGCGUCCCAGAAAGGCACUACCACCCCGACCUCAGAAACGCAUUGCUUUUGGAGAUCGCGAGAGUAGCACUACAGCUUCGUAAGGGGCUUGCUGCAAUAGAUGACGCAUAUUUCCGCCAAUUUGUAUCACGCCUGCGGGCCAAUUUGGAUUGGAGCCAGUUGGGUGCGAACCUUCCGGACACAAUGGUGUCGAGUUGGCGGCAUCUCAAAGUUUAUCGUCUAGACUUUGGCGCGCGUCUGGGUCGGGUUGUUGAGUUCCAUCCUCAGACUGCCUUGGUAGAUGGGAUAUGUAUUAUCCAGCCAGAACGUAUCGCUCAUGAGGACGACUCGGCUGAUAUGGCCCCGGAGUCUGGGUGGGAAGUUUGCGUUACGCUACAAUCCGAUGCUAUGGAAUGCUUUCUUAGGGGUGGUCUGUUUACCUCACUUUCUCAAGGGGCGAUCAGAAGGGUUUGA